ACUAUGAGUGUAACUGCGGCAGCGAGUGGAUUUGUUGUCCUUCUUCUCACUGUGACAGUGGUGCAGGGUGCGGAUGGCUGGAGAGUGAGGUGCACUCCUACUCAGAUCUGUGCUGUAAAAGGAUCGAAGGUGCAAAUACGCUGCUCCUACUGGCACCCAUCCAGAAUAGAUGACCUUGAUGUUGCAGUGGAGCAAAGGUUCUGGUUUACUAAAGGGCAGGAUAGUGAACCUGUGGAUCUGAGAGCAGCCUCUGAGUACACAGGGCGUGUGCAGUAUCACUGUGGAAACAAGGCCUGCACUCUGACCAUCACAGACCUGAGAGACAGCGACUCGGAUGUGUACCAGUUCAGGUUCAUAACAAACCAACCUACUGGGAGAUUUACUGGUUCAACUGGAGUCUCCUUGUCUGUCACAGGUGUCCAGGUGAUCAGCACAGAAUUAUCAGAUUGCAGGAGGGAGGACUGUUCAAGGUCACGUGUGGAGUGUCAAACCAGUUGUCCUCCAACUCCCAGUCCGUCCUACAUCUGGUACAAGAACGGACAAAAGACAUCGGAACAAAAAUCUUAUAGCGCCUCCUUUUAUUCAACAGACAGCAUUUCCUGUGCUGUGAGAGGCCACGAGGAUUUCCCCUCUGCUCCAGUGUGUGUCCAUGGAAAUUCAUGCGACAGAGUGAAUUACAUCGACAGGAACAUCUGUGCCUUUAAAGGCUCAUCAGUGGACAUCUCUUGCAGUUACAGCAGUCACUAUGAUCCUAUCACUAAGUUCUGGUUCGUUGCUGAGCAGCUGUAUCGCCCUCGAGCUGUGGACUUACUCAAAGACCCAGAGUUCACACAUCGUGUUCAGGUCCUUGAACCAGAGCGAGGGCGCUCCACUCUGAGAAUAAUGAACCUGAGACUGAGUGAUUCAGCCCAGUAUCGCUUCACAUUCAAAUCACAGAGGUCUGAAUGGGAGAGAAGUUUCCCUGGCACAACUCUGACUGUCACAGAUCCAGAUGUUCAGGUGAUCUGGUCUCCGAUUGGUCCAACACUGACUUGUCACAGCAGCUGUCUUCUCUCUGGUCGUCCCUCCUUUGUCUGGUACAAGAAUGGAACAGAAAUUCACGGGGAAACGUCUCCAACUUUCAGGGGAUUCCUUCACCCUGAAAACAGCUAUUCCUGUGCUUAUGAGCUUCACCACUCGUCCCCUGUGUAUGCUCCGAAGGUUCCUUUAGUGCAGCUGAGUCAACCUGGAGACAUUCUGAAGGGCAGCUCGGUGUCUCUGACCUGCAGCAGUGAUGCUAACCCACCCCCUGCAUACGCCUGGUACAAAAAGAACCAGACUUUGCUCAACAGAGCAGCUCAGCUGGUUUUCAGCUCCAUCCCGUUGUCUGACUCUGGAGAAUAUUACUGCACAGCUGAGAAUGCGCUGGGGAAGACAGCGUCUAAACGUGUCUUAAUAAAUGUGAAAUAUGCUCCACAGUCCUCCUCUGUGUCAGUGAGUCCCUCUGGUGAGAUCAUGGAGGGCAGCUCGGUGACUCUGACCUGCAGCAGUGAUGCUAACCCAGCAGCUAAUUACACCUGGUACAAGGAGAACCGAACUCUGCUUCAAGGACCAGAGGGCGUUUAUCGUCUCUCCUCCAUCAGCUCUGGGGACAGCGGGGUCUACUCCUGCAAGUCUGAGAAUCAGUACGGACGGAUCAACUCCACGUCUCUACACUUAGACGUCCAGUACGCUCCAAAGCCUCCCUCUGUGUCAGUGAGUCCCUCUGGUGAGAUCAUGAAGGGCAGCUCGGUGACUCUGACCUGCAGCAGUGAUGCU